GGAGGGAGGGAGAACAAGAGAACGGAAUAAAGAGAGAGAAGCAGCGCGAACAGAUGUAGACAGAAAAGUGAGUUGUAUUGACAAGGUGGCAAAAAGACGGAGGUGGGGAAAUUAGGGGAGCGAGUGUCCAAUCUGACAGUUCCUCAGCCUUCAUCCUCACUUUGCGAAGCCGCGUCACGACGUCUGAGAAAGUGGGGCAACAUCAAGACCCGCGGCUUACCGAGGGAGGGGGGCCGUCGCAGACCUCCCACCGCCCAGCGCCUCGCCUCUUCAUCUCCAUCGGGGGAGGAACAGGGACCGGGAGUCGUCCGGAACGAAUCUUAUGCUCAUCUUCCUCAAACGGCAUUGCUGAGCACCUGUCCCGGAUGGCUGACAACAUGAUUGAAGAUUCUGAUCACUACACUGAAAAGGAUGAUGUGCAGUGGGGGUACGAGGAAGGCGUCGAGUGGGGCCUCCUCUUUCCGGAAGCCAAUGGUGAGUGUCAGUCACCCAUCAACCUGAACUCCCGGGAGGCGCGUUACGACCCCUCCCUCCUGGAGAGGCGACUCUCGCACAACUACGUGGUGUGCCGCGACUGCGAGGUCAUCAACGACGGGCACACCGUGCGCAUCUUGCUGAGGUCCAAGUCAGUGGUGACUGGAGGGCCGCUGACUAGUGAGCACGAGUACGAGCUGCACGAGGUGCGAUUUCACUGGGGAAAGGAGAACCAGCGAGGCUCCGAGCACACCGUCAACUUCAAGGCCUUCCCCAUGGAGCUGCACCUGAUUCACUGGAACAGCAAACUGUUCAACAGCGUUGAAGAGGCUCUGGGGAAGAAGAACGGCAUCCUGAUAAUCGCUCUCUUCGUACAGAUCGGAAAGGAGCACCUGGGGCUGAAGGCCAUCACCGAGGUCCUGCAAGACCUACAGUACAAGGGGAAGACAAAAAUAAUCCCGUGCUUCAAUCCCAACACGUUGCUCCCUGAUCCCCUUUUGCGGGACUACUGGGUGUAUGAGGGCUCGCUUACGAUGCCCCCCUGCAGCGAGCAUGUCACCUGGAUCCUGUACCGGUACCCAUUGACUGUCUCACAGAUCCAGAUCGAGGAAUUCCGGAGGCUGCGAUCUCACGUCAAAGGGGCGGAGCUUCUCGAGGGCAACGACGGAAUGCUGGGGGAUAACUUCCGACCCACGCAGCCCCUGAGCGACAGGGUGGUGCGGGCCGCUUUUCAGUAGGCCGCCCCCUCUGGACCUCCGGCACUAUGCUCCAUGGAGUGAGGGGGAGAGGAACAUCGGCACCACAGUGCCCCCUGUGGACACGGGGUGUACCUCCUCCGAACAUGGUUCACAACAGCAACAUCGUAUUGCUCACAGUCGCCCAUCCAGCUCUGCUCUUGGGGCUCUGCUCCCGUGACCUGCUGUUCUGAGACCUGCCAGUAGGGGUCACCAGAUGCCUCAGCAGCCUUUUAGAACUGGAAAGCACUCCUACUGUAGGGAAUCAGCACCAACGUAACUUAGCUAGACAGCAAUAAUGUAGACAGAGUGUCGCAGGCUAACAAGAAGCUAGGACCAUAACACGGUGUGAUUCGUUCUGUUGUUCUGUUGUUGCCUAAGGUUGUCUUGUAGUAUCUGCUCAACAUGUAAGUAUUCUGUUGCAAAAUAUACAUUUUAAGGGUAGCAACGAGUACCUGGUAUGACGUAUAUAGAUGGCUUUUUCCGCAAGAUUUGAACUUAGAUUGAAUUUUGUAGAAGUAUAGUUAUAUGACAACCCACUCACAUGGCACUGUGAAGCACCAGGCAUUUUGUUUGGGUGUAUAUAUUCUACUAAACACGAGAUUAUCACAGGACUCACGCUGAUGACCAGUCGCAAGGUGGGGCCCAUUGAGUGAGGAAUUCUUAUUGGCUGGCUCAUGCCCCUAAUAUUUACCUCACUUCCUCGGAAUUAAGAACGGAGGCCUGGCCAAUGGCAGAGACUCACAGAGGCUCCGUCUUUAUGAACAGGAAGUGGGUGACAAAGAGUGCCAUGUGACUUUCCUUGUGUGGUCUCACACAACGUCCCCCCACCAGGGAGAGGCUAUGGAGUGAAAUACUGGAAGUUCAUUAUGUUUACACAGGGCUGCCGUUUUCCACGCAGAUGAGCAAACAGACAUACUCAUUCCUGAGUCGUGUUAGGAAACACAGGCAUAUACGGUGUGCAAUAAAGGACAAACUGAACUGC